AGCUAAGGCUGCAAGGGAGACUUGGGUCCUUCCUCGCUCUUUGUUCUGUCAGUCCAGGGGCUGCCAAGCCUUUGUUCGUGGACCUUUGUACUGUAACCAGCUCUAUAAGGGAGCUCCUCCUAUAAUGAUUUCCUCUGAUUAGCCUGCUCUGAAUACCUGUGAUCCCUGCCAAAGCAUGAAGGGCGUCGGAGCCGGAUAAAUGCUCAUUUCCAGUUUCUGUUUGAAUACUGUGUUCAAAUUCUUCGAGCAGUUCCGAGUAGCUCAGCCACAGACCCUUGCAAACUCCACAGCAGGCAGGUGGGCAGGUCUCGGCUGCAUGUAUGUGCUCCGCCAUAGGGUAAUGUUGUAGGAGCAGCAAAGUGAUGAGAUGCAUAGAAAAAAUGUUGUCUGGAUCCCAAACUGGGACAUUCAAAGGAGGCUGAAGCACAGCAGCGAGCAAAGUAAAAUCCUCUGAAUUUGAAUUAUUGGUGGCUACCUGUUUCAGCUUCUUUUCUUUGCAGGUGCUGUGUCUCCAGGGUAGGGCACAGAUCAGAGAUCUUGCUGAGCCGAGGAAGCAGCCAGACGUUAAUCAGCUCUUCUGUGCCUGCGGUGUCUUCUGACUCAUCCGUCUGCUCCCGAAAUGGAGUACGCCUGGUAUUGGCUUGAUGAUUCUGGGCAGUGGAUUGAGUAUGGGGAAGAGCAUCCAUAUCACUGCUCUGCCACCGUAACAUCUGCAGAUCUGGAGAAGGAAUUUCUAGCUGACCACAAAGGCACUGUGUUAUUCAGGGCUGGUUCUCAGAAGUAUGAGUUAAACUUUAAAGACAUGGUCCAAACAAAUUUGAUCUAUGAGACUCAAAGAAAAGUUGCCCGACUGCCAAAAUUUCUGUCCUCUCAAGGUGGACAAGACAGAAGCCAAAACAUGACACUAUCAUGUUCUGUCUGUCCUCCACAAUGGGACCAAUCUGCACUGCCUGAUAUUGGGUUCAAGUUGGUACAGCUCAGUUACGCUUCUCGUGAAUAUGGAAAAAUUAAGAGGCUGUUUGAGAAGACAAUGAAAGAUUACUGCAUCCACCAACUACAGAGGAUCCAGAACCCAACGCUUUGGCAAGUUUUUCAGUGGCAAAAGGAGCAGAUGAAGAAGCUCAGUAAAUCGAAAUGGGUGGAUGAGCGGCUCCUGUUCCAUGGGACAAGUCCAUGCCACGUGCCUGCCAUCUGUGAGCAGAACUUCGACUGGAGGAUCUGUGGGACUCACGGGACAAUGUAUGGAAAAGGAAGCUACUUUGCCAGAGAUGCCAGCUAUUCUCACGAGUACUGUUCCUCUCGCAGUGGUCGCUACAGCAUGUUUGUAGCUCACGUUCUUGUUGGAGACUUUGUUCAGGGAAACUCCGAAUACCUUCGCCCUCCACCCAGAGCUGGCAAUUCAAACAGACUUUAUGACAGCUGCGUGGAUGACCCAACAGACCCUUCCAUCUUUGUCAUCUUUGAGAAGCACCAGAUUUACCCUGCCUAUAUCUUGGAGUACAGCAGCGAGGCCCAAUGUAUAAUCCUGUAAUGAAUGGCAGAAUCUCCUUUGAGCUUAAACUGAAUAAAUUACACUUUAGUACAGGUUUUUUUAAUGUUUGUUCAAUUUUAGUAGUAGCUUUAGAACAUCUUGUAAUGCAGCAAACUAAUAUGAAUCCCCUGAAGGAUUUUGGGGCAUAGUUUUUUGAUGGGGGCUAUUCUUUUGCCAGCAGAAAGUGCUAAACUUUAACCUCCACCUUAUCUCUAGCCUGGGAUGGGAUGUACCUACCUUGCGUGCCCUGAUGCAGUGACACCUGCCGCUGCUGAAAGCGGCUCUGCUGAGUAUACGAUUAACUUGAUCCACUGAUAUAGUCACUUAGGGAUGAUUCCUGCCUGUGAUGGUGCUGAUGUGCCAGAGGGAGACUGGGUGGGGAAUGUGGAAGGAGGAAAAGUGGAAGUACCUAUGUCAUGGUGCACAAGAGAGGAAU